AUGACAACCGAACUGAAGUCGGUGCUCGUAUUUGGAGCAACCGGUGUCAUAGGGCAAUACGUCAUCAGAGCGCUUAUUGAAGAGAGCUCCCGGUUCGAUCGUCUAGCGAUUUUUACAUCGCCAUCAACCUUGCAGAAAAAAGUUGAAGAGAUUCAGUGGCUCAGAGAGAAGGGGGUGGAGGUGAUUGGCGGCGAUCUUACGAACGAGGAGCAUGUGUUGCGUGCUUAUGCAGGGUUCGACACAGUCAUAAGCUGCGUCGGUCGAAAUAUGAUCAAAGCCCAAAUUGAUCUACUCCGCUGGGCAGAAGAGUCAAGCCCCAAUAUCACACGAUUUUUCCCCUCAGAGUAUGGAACCGAUAUUGAGUAUGGGCCACAGUCAGCCUUUGAAAAGCCACAUCAGGGAAAAUUGCAAGUAAGAGAGUUUAUCAGGACUUCAAUUCGACGGACUGAGUUUACCUACUUGGUUACGGGGCCUUAUAUCGACCUCUACAUUGGAAAACUGAGCCAGAAUCCCCAUGCUGGAUCUUUUGAUGUUGUGGAGAAGAAGGCUACAUUGCUGGGAUCAGGAGAUGAGCAGGUCAGCUUUACAACAAUGAAAGACGUUGGAAAGCUAUUGGUGGCAGCGCUUCGAAAUCCAACAGUAUCUCGUAAUAGAGCCCUGAGGGUAUGCUCAUUCACCACCACGCCUCAUGAGAUACUGGCAGAAUAUGAGCGCCAGACCGAUAGCAAGUGGUCAGUUGAGUACACAUCUCUUGCGGAUUUGAAGACCCUGGAAAAUAUUGCAUGGGAAGCUGGGGACCCCAUGGCUUCAAUUUUUACUCUGCGGCGGAUUUGGACAGAAGGAGGGACGCUAUAUGAAUCGAACGAUAACCAAGACAUUAACAUGCAAUCUUCAGACCUGGACACGCUGGCAGAUGCUAUUGGAAGAGCUGUUGCUUUGAAUGGACAAGAAGGGUUCCAGAGUGGUGACGUAUAG